AUGUACUACGCGACAGCGGGGCAACAAGCUACGCAGCAACCACCAUCGAGUAGAGGGGCGAUCAGUGGGUAUCCUAGAGGUGGACCACCUGGGUUCUCUUCUAGAUCAGCGGACCCAAACGACUUUCCAGCACUAGGAUCACAUCCAUCAACUUACGCCUCACAAGCUCAACCAUCCGCAGCAGGUUCGAAUACGAUACCUCAGCAACAGCAACAGCAAAUAUACCUGCAGCAACAGCAACAACAGAUUGGUGGACCCCCACCGCCCCCACCUGGGAUAGCUGGACCUAAUCCCAAUUCAUCGGCAAAUCAGGGACAAGCGCAGACUAACGGACCUGCUCAAGAUGAUUUUCCAGCUUUGAACUCUGGCGGAGGUGAUUCGAAGGAUGCUAGGUUAUCGAAUUAUUUGCGAAAUCAACCUAAUCCCGCACAAGGUACAUCCUCACCUAGUUUACCAAAUGGGAUAACGUCCUCGCAAAUACCCCCAUCAUCGACAUCAGCAUCGCAAUCUACUAAUGCUACACCCUCGACUAACCCUCCACAGGUGUUACAGAAUCUAGGUAACAAUGCAGUAUGGCAACAACAGCAGCAACAGCAACAGCAGUCCAACGAACCGCUAACGAGACCUAUACAGCAAAUACUGAGCUCACCGGUGGAUAAAUGGGGAUUGAAAGCUUUGCUGUAUGAGAUUCAGAUGCAUAUGAAUAAGACGGAUAGAGGUAUGCUGGUUUUUGGAGAAGAAUUGGAAGAACUAGGUAUGGAUAUCAGUGGUGAAGAAGCUCUGUACCCAUCAUUUGUUACUCCAUGGGCAGAUGCAACCUCCCUAACUCAACCGCCGAGGAUCGAAGAAUCGUAUCACAUCCCACAAUGCUACAACGUGCAUGCACCUCCUGUAUCGACGAAGUUACCGAACUUUACGGAAGAUACACUGUUCUUGGCAUUUUAUAUGUCACCGGGAGACGUGUUGCAGCUGGAGGUCGCGGAGGAAUUAUACGCAAGAGGAUGGAGGUAUCAUACCGAUCUUCAGACGUGGAUAACAUCACCUACCUUACCUUCUAUUGACUUAGUCUCUCUACAACAGAGUUCGAAUGAAGGAUCUCCCCAAUGGAUAAGAGGACCAUUCAUGUACCUAGAUACUAGAACUUGGACAAAACAACGUACCAACGAAGAAUUUACCAUCGAUGCGAACCUUUUGGAAAUCACUCGACCAGCUUCGGUCAUUGUAUCAGAAGAGAAGUCACAGACACAUACGCCAAGUUCGCCUGGCGGUUUGGUGAACCCAACUUCGUCAAAUCAGAGUCAAUCAAGUCAAAGUCAAGGUCAGAACCAGAACCAGGCUUAUACUAGAUAG